UUUUUUUUUUUUUUUUUUUUUGGUAUCUUUCGUUCCUCGUUACAAAAGUCAGCAUUAAAAGAUUAGGCAGACUUUUGUUUGUCUCUCUACAUUUGUUUUUGCAACUCUGAAUCUGAGUGUUGUAAGUAAAAUUUGCUAACUCACUCAUUUAUUAUCUGACGGUUGCACAUUGACAGCAUCUUCGUUGAAUCUUUGAUGUUAAAAGCAUAGCAGAAAGUGCUCUUUUUAUUCUUAAUCUGGCUAAAGUACCUAUUGAUCCAUGCAAGUAGACAUGGAUGUGUCUUCAUGUGUAUUGUUUCCUGGGGGUAGAAAGUUCAGAAGAAAAUAUUUAUACUGCGUCUUCUAAUAGUUUUGCUCUGUUUCCAGUGAACCUCCUUAAACUGCAUGUAUAUGUCACUGUUCCUAUGUAUGUGUGUCUCUCUAUCACAUAACCCAGCACUUAUUUCCUCAGCCAAGUGGCUAGGGGGCGAGCCUAGCCAAGAUUUUACCUCCAAUGGACGCAAGUUUCUUUGGUGAAGAUCUCUCCUGAGAGUUCGGGACUAGCAGAAAGAAGCGAGGAAAUUUCGACCGUUUGGUUCUUACGGAUAGAUAUGAUGGGCGCGGUCACCUGCAUGACCUUUCUGAGUACGAUGCUGAGUAUUCCACAUGGAACAGAGAUUACCAGCUCUCUGAAGAGGAGGCACGAAUAGAUGCCCUGUGUGAUGAAGAGAGAGGAAGAAUACAAGCGAUUGAGUGAAGCACUAGCAGAAGACGGAAGCUAUAAUGCAGUGGGAUUCACUUAUGGUAGUGAUUAUUAUGACCCGUCAGAACCAACCGAGGAAGAGGAGCCUUCUAAACAGAGAGAAAAAAAUGAGGCUGAAAAUUUAGAGGAAAAUGAGGAACCUUUCAUUGCCCCUUUAGGACUGAAUGUACCGCCUGACGUGGAGCUGCCACCAACAGCCAAAAUGCAUGCUAUCAUUGAGCGCACAGCCAAUUUCGUGUGCAAACAGGGAGCACAGUUUGAAAUCAUGCUGAAAGCUAAGCAGGCCCGAAACUCUCAGUUUGACUUUCUACGCUUUGAUCACUACCUCAACCCCUACUACAAAUUCAUCCAGAAAGCUAUGAAAGAAGGACGAUACACGGUACUGGCAGAAAACAAAAACGAGGAGAAAAAGAAGUCAGGGGUCAGCUCUGACAAUGAAGAUGACGAUGAUGAGGAAGACGGGAGUUACCUGCACCCGUCUCUCUUUGCUUCCAAGAAGUGUAACCGCCUGGAGGAGCUGAUGAAGCCUUUGAAGGUGGUGGACCCGGAUCACCCCCUUGCGGCGCUGGUCCGUAAAGCCCAGGCUGACAGUCCCGCCCCCACCCCACCCACAGCAGAUGGCACAGCUGUGCAGCCCUCCCAGGUGGAAUACACCACUGACUCGACGGUGGCCGCCAUGUACUACAGCUACUACAUGCUGCCCGACGGCACCUACUGCCUGGCGCCUCCCCCGCCAGGUGUGGACGUGGCCACUUACUACAGCACCCUGCCUGCCGGAGUGGCCGUGUCCAGCUCCGCUGGAGUGACGGCCACCGCCCCGCCACCGCCCGGAACCACACCACCACCACCCCCAACCACAGCAGAGACGAGUGGUGGGGUGACCUCCACCACCAUCACCACAAGUGCACUUGCUCCCGUGGCUGCCAUCAUCCCCCCGCCCCCUGACAUUCAGCCUGUGAUUGACAAGCUGGCAGAAUACGUGGCUAGGAACGGCCUUAAAUUUGAGACCAGCGUUCGUGCCAAGAAUGAUCAGAGGUUUGAGUUUCUGCAGCCGUGGCACCAGUACAAUGCCUACUAUGAGUUUAAGAAGCAGCUCUUCCUCCAGAAAGAAGGGGGUGAAAACACGCAGGCUGUGUCUGCACCAGAAGAGGCUCCUGCAGAAUCUGCUCCUGAAAAAGUGAGUGACGUUGGGGAGGAUAGUGUGUCUGAAGACACAGCCGACGUGGGAGGAAGAGGCAGCGCAGGGGGGAAGAAGGAGGCAUCGUCCAGUAAAACUGUUACCGACGGGAAGCUAGUGAAAGCUUCGUUUGCUCCAAUAAGCUUUGCAAUCAAGGCCAAAGAAAAUGAUCUACUUCCCCUGGAAAAAAAUCGUGUUAAGCUAGAUGAUGACAGUGAUGAUGAUGAAGAAAGCAAAGAAGGCCAAGAAAGUUGUAGCAGUGCUGCAAACACUAACCCGGCGGCGGCCCCACCCUGUGUAGUUGUGGAGGAGAAGCGGCCUCAGCUUACCCAGGAGGAGCUAGAAGCAAAGCAAGCAAAGCAAAAGCUGGAGGACCGGCUGGCAGCCGCCGCCAGGGAGAAGCUGGCCCAGGCAUCCAAGGAGUCAAAGGAGAAGCAGCUCCAAGCAGAGCGAAAGAGGAAAGCGGCUUUAUUUCUACAAACCUUAAAAAAUCCUCUGCCAGAAGCCGAAGUUGGAAAAGUUGAGGAGAAUCCCUUCAACGUAGAGGAAGCCAGCACUGUGCCCUGUCCUCUAUUGCCUGGAGGCAGACCUCUGCCAACUUUAGACAUUAAACCCCCAGAAGGGCCCUCAAGCAAAAGCAAAGACCCACCGAGAGAAGAAGAGAAAGAGAAGAAGAAGAAAAAGCACAAAAAACGGUCUCGAACAAGAUCACGCUCUCCCAAGUACCAUUCGUCAUCCAAGUCCAGGUCUAGAUCCCACUCAAAAGCAAAGCAUUGUCUGCCCAGUGCCUAUCGGACAGCGAGGCGCUCGAGACCCACAGCCUCCCCAGAGACACUGAGCACGGAGCCCUGUCAGAGCAGCUCGUCAGUGGCAGCAGCAACAGAGCAAGACAAUUAUCAGGCAGCUUCGACCACGAGCAGAUUUGACUCCUGGAGCUCUUUUGAGGGAAAACCUGGUAAAAUGUCAAGGUCACGAUCCCGGUCCCCUCGGAGAAGAGCUCACUCUCCCGAGAGACGGAGGGAAGAAAGAAGUGUCCCCACUGCCUACCGGAUGAGUAACAGUCCUGGAGUCAGCAGGAAGCGGACCCGGUCCAGAAGCCCCCAUGAGAAGAAGAAGAAGAGGCGCUCGCGGUCGCGGACCAAGUCCAAGGCAGGGGCUCAGUCAGCAUCCCCGAGCAGGCAGGCCACACGCCGGCACUCGGCCCACUCGGCCAGCAUCUCUCCCGUGGAGAGUCGGGGCUCCAGCCAGGAGCGCUCCAGGGGGGUUUCUCAGGAAAAAGACGGUCAGAUCUCUUCAGCGAUUGUAUCUUCUGUGCAGAGCAAAAUAACUCAGGACCUCAUGGCCAAGGUAAGAGCGAUGCUCGCAGCUUCCAAAAACAUGCAGACCAGUGCCUCCUGAGACCGGGCGGCUGCAUGGGCCAGCCCAGCCACUGAGUGUGGGCCACUGUGGGCGUCGGUCGGGGCUCCAUGUGUCUGAGGUUCCAGAAGCUGGAAGAACCGCAAAGCUUCCUUCUGCACAGACCCGUCACAGAACACCGUCCAGAUUCUCCCCCCGGGGACUCCCUUGGACAAUUGGUGGUUUUUGUAAAUUAAUUUUUGAUGACAUUCUCAGUUUAAGAUUUUUGACCAGCAGUCUCUUACCUGUAUAUUUGUAAAUAAUAUCAUGUUUCUGUGAAAAUGUAUUAUCAAAUAAAAUGAGAGGAAAACACCUUUUCUAGCUAGCAA